UGGACACUCUGCUUCAGCUCAGUGACACAGAACGAAGUUAUUUUGCUCAAUUGCUUACCAAUUGCAUUCAGAAAUGGCUGGGACAACUCUCCACCUCCGUGCGGAGGACAAGAUCCUCGAGCACAGAUCUGCACUCACUCCGUCAACUACUCGUGCUCUUAUCGACGCCGGCUACAACAUCAAGGUCGAGCGGUCACCUACCUCCGCUCUCCGCAAGCGAAUUUUUCCGGACGAGGAAUUUGAGAAGGCUGGCGCCGAAUUGGUUGCCGAAGGAAGCUGGGUUAAUGCACCCAAGGAUUCAAUCAUCGUGGGUUUGAAGGAGCUUGAUGAGACCAAAGAUUUCCCAUUGGUGCACGACCACGUCACAUUCGCCCAUUGCUUCAAGAACCAAGGAGGUUGGGAGAAGGCUUUGGGAAGGUGGAGUCGUGGUGGGGGUGUUUUAUAUGAUUUGGAAUUUCUGCAGGAUGACUCGGGUCGAAGAGUAGCUGCUUUUGGUUAUCAUGCUGGCUUUGCCGGUGCUGCGCUUUCAUUGAAGACCUGGGCCUGGCAGCUCGAGCACCCGGAUGGCACCCCACUUCCAGGUGUCGACGAAUUCACCGGCGGGAAAGGUUACUAUGUCAAUGAGGAUGAGAUGGUCAAUCAGAUCCGUGCCGAUAUUGAAAGGGGAGCUAAGAUUGCGGGUCGCAAGCCACGAGUCCUGAUUAUCGGUGCAUUGGGUCGUUGCGGAAGAGGAGCCGUCGAUGCAUGUGUCAAGGCAGGUUGCGAGGAUAUCCUCCGAUGGGAUAUGGCAGAAACGGCGAAGGGCGGUCCUUUCACCGAAAUUGUCGAAUCCGACAUCUUCAUCAACUGCAUUUAUCUCACUAGCAAGAUCCCUUCAUUUGUCGAUGAGGAGAGUCUCAAGAGCCCGAAUCGUAAGCUCUCUGUUGUGUGUGACGUGAGCUGUGAUACCACUAAUCCCAACAAUCCUAUUCCCAUUUACAACGUAAACACCACUUUCGAUAAACCUACCCUGCAGCUUAAUUACACCAAUCCUCCUCUCAGCGUGAUAUCAAUCGACCACCUUCCAAGCCUUCUCCCAGCCGAGUCAUCCGAGGCCUUCUCCACAGAUCUCCUACCGUCCAUGCUCGAGAUCAAGAACCGGACCUCCCACCCCGUCUGGCAACGGGCGGAGAAGCUAUACAGAGAGAAGGUGCAAACAUUACCCGCCGAGUUGCAAAAGGUAGAAGUUUAGAUCGUUGCUUCUUUUUGGUAUAUUUGAUACAAAAGGAGAAUGCAUGGAUUGCAUAGAUGGCACCUGUUGGGUAUUUCGGGGUAUAAAAUUAAAGAUGACAUAAUAGAUGGCGGAAAACGAUGUUAGGAGAUUCCAUGGGUAUAGGCUCAUUCUACAAAAAUAUGCUGGUAUCAGUUUAAAAGUUCGAAACUUCUUCAAUCCAAAGGGCCAGGAGAUCGACUUUGUA